UGUGUUUUUAGUUUCUAUGGUUGUUUUAACGUUGUUAAUUGCAAUUUUUGUUAAAAGAAUUAAACGAAAAGAAAAUGUUGUUAAAUUCACAAACCAUUAACAUUAUUCUUUGAAAACUAAAAUACAAAAAGAAGAAAUAUGUCUCAAUGGCUUGAAUUUGAUGCAUAAAGCUUGUAUAUAUGUGUGUAUGACUACAAAAAAGGGAAACCAAACUUAAAGCAGCAGAAAUUAAGAGUUUUAAAAAAAGAUGUGUGUUUGAUAAAUUAUUUAUGCAGCUCUGCCAAGAAUUUUUUUCUUGUUUUGCUUUUGUGUGAGUGUUGGUUUUUGAUUAAAGAAUACCUUCCAUGGUAUAUUUAAAGUUGGUGUCAUCAUCACCAUAAUCAUCAAUAGCAACUGUCUUACCGAAGCCUAUGUAUAAAGUCAAGGGGCACGAAAGAGAAAGAAAAAUAGGCGAGGGGUUUCAAAAACAAAACUAAAAAUUCAAUUCAAUUGGGACCAAUUGAUAUUUAGAUGAAAAAUGAGGGCUAUGGUGCAUAAUGAGGCGCUAUCUGGUGAUCUUACUCACAUUCUAAACUCAUUUGUUGAUCAUUUAUCGUCUGCCAUGUCUGGGAUGAUUUGAUAAAUCAUUAUCAAAAGCCAAUGCAUUUAAAAUUGAAAACAAAUUCGGAUUCUCUAGAGAAUAGCCGCCAGAAAAAUCGUGCGAAUAGAAAGUCCCUAAAUAUGGCAAGUAGUUUGGUAAAUGAUGAAGAGGACAAUGCAACAAGCUCCACAACAAUGCGUAAUACACAGCAGCAGCAACAGCAGGCACAGACUAGCAAUAACAACAACUCAAGCGCGAACACCAGUGAAACUUCCAAUGCAUCCCAGCAGAAAACGCUGGGAGCCAAUGAGGCGAAAGAAAAAAAGGAAAAUCUCCAGCAACGUAAAAUAGAAUUGGAAAAAUUGUUGAAUGAGAAAAGUUGGUUGCUGCAACAGUUGCAGAAACAGGAAACGGAAAUAUUGAAUGGCAAUUUUGAGUAUAUGAAUUUCAAUGAUUUCAUACAGGAUUUGGCUUUGCAAUAUAAGCAGGAGCAGGCUUUGGAAGGCAUUAGCGGCGAAGAGGCCAUACUAAGACGCAAACCCUUGGCGGCUAAAGAGAAUCAUCAACAACAUCAUCACAAUGUCUUGUAUCGCAGACAAUCGGAGAUUUCGAAUCGUUCUUCGGAAUAUGACAAUUAUCCGCAUCAGGAUAAUUUGUCUACACACUCGGAAGGUGCUGCCAGCAGCUCUGGGGGUCGUGUGGUAGGAGGAGCUGUAGGCAGUGGAAGUGCCAUGACUAUGCAGCAUGCCCAAGCCCAACAGCAAUACAAUGCAAAAUCAGCACUCAAGAAACGCUCAGCUACAGUGGCAGGUACCACUCAACAGUCGACCACCACAUUACAAAUGAUAAGGCAGCAUCACAUGGACCAGCAGCUAAUACAGCAACAUCAACAGCAACUUUUGUAUAAGCAGCAACAACAUCAUUAUCAUCAUCCACAGCGGCAUUUAUUUAAGCAGCAUAUGGAGCAUCAUCAAGUACUGAUGCCACAUUUGCAAUAUGCCACACAAAAGUUUUAUUACACCACAUUGCAGCCAACCCAACAGCAGCAGCAACACCAACAACAACAGGAAUAUGGUCGCUAUAUAAAGGCCCAGCCACAACAGCAACAGCAGCAGCAACAUCAUCAUAUUACAUCUCAAACAUCUCUAAAUCAACAGCAGUCGCCAAAGCAUCAAGGCCAGCAAAUUCCCACCACCUCUACUCUGCAUACUCAGCUACCGCAGCAGCCUCAACAGCAACAUCUGUUGUUGACUCCUCCUCAUGGCGGCGGUGGUAGUGGUGGUGUUGGAUUAGCUCCUAUGGAUAACAUUUCCUUGUAUUCCCUAAAUUCCAACAAUGUGGCCACCUUGCAUCGCCAAGCCCAACAACAGCAGCCCAUAAUUGUACAGUGUGAUAAGUAUUAUCUGUCUCCCACCACUCAUCAUGUAUCCCACAAUGAGGGUGGGGGUUUCAUCAAGUCCAGUCAAAAUAUCAAAGAGUAUAUAUCGCCCAUAACAUCGCCCCAACAACAGCUAAUGGCGGGUAGGGAAAAGCGUUUGGCAUCACAAACAAAUCUAAGCAAUCGUUUGGCCAACAAUACCCCUUCCAUGGAUGUUAUAUCAUUGGCUCCUUCCUAUAUGUCAAUGGAAUCGGUGGAUUAUAUGCAGCCAAUAACAUCAACACAGCAUCAUCAUCAUCAAAACCAAAACCAAAACCAACAAAGAUGGAGGUCACAAAGCAAUCUACCUCCUGGUAAUAACAUACAACCCUCCACUUCAACGGCCCUGGGAAUGGUCUCUGCCGAGGUGAAGUCAUACUCCAGUGAUAUGCUGAAUAACAACCAAUAUUAUAACACCACGCUGAAUGCACCACCACCACCACCACCGCCAACAGCAUUAGCCACCACCAAUCAUCCGCCUAAUGUAACGCAAGUGAAACCCUUCAAACCAUUGGAUGAAAUUUCCAUAACUUCUUAUACUUCAGAGAGCCAAAAGAAAACCAAACCCAAACAAUGGCUGGAAUCGUCAUUAGAUGGUCCUGUGAUACGACAAACGCAUCAAGGCAGCGGCGUGGAAGAAAUGUCGGCAGGGGACUAUAUCAACAACAAUGCACCAGCACGUUCCAAAUUGUCAUCACAUUCGUUGAAUACCUCUAGACAUUAUUCCAUGUCGGCGGCUCAGGCGAAACCCUUGAAUUCUCCCAUUAAUCACAAUGUGCAACAUGCUAAAUUAAGUCAAUCCACUUCAUAUUUAAAUCAAAUAGAAACAUCAACACCAGCAACAUCUAUGGCGGGGGUCAAUGUUGCAGCGGCAACUGCAGCUCCCUCCAUAUCACAGGCCUAUAAUGUUGAAGCUUUAUCACCUCUAACUCCUCCAGGGGCUUAUAAAUUGUUACCAGCGGCAGCAAAUAAGCCACCAGCCAGACCCCCACUUUAUAUAAAUGCCGGUGGCCCUUCCGCAGCUUCACCCACCACAGGUUUGUUUUCGGGCGCCUUAUCGCCCGAUAUACGUGUUGAAUCACCGAAAAAUGUCACCGUGGUACAGCCGGCGACAUUUCAACCUUACAAAGAGGUUACAAAACCUUUCGAAAUGUCCGAUUUCUAUAAAUAUUCGACCAAAUAUAGACAGAAAGAAAAUAAUGCGACAACAUUGGCACAAGAUAAUUAAAGGUAGUAGCAGAGGACUCCAUUUUCGAGGAAAGAAACAAGGGUGAUUUGGUUUGAUGCAAAACAGAAGUGAAGAGCUAUAAGACGAAUUUUGCGUAAAGAGAGAGGAAAUAAGGUAAAGAAGGAGAGAAAAAGUUAAGAGGAGCAUGAGAGGAAGAGAGAGAAAAGAGAGAUAGAAGGAGAGAAGAGAGAUGGAGAAGAAAGAAAAAAGACUGAAAGAAGGAUGAAAGAAAGAGAGAGAGAAAAUAAGCAUAAGAGCUAAAUGCGAUAAAAUAUCACAAUGGCACAGCAAGCAAUAUUUCAACAUUACAAAGAGUUUACAAAACCUUUCGAAUUGUCGGAUUUCUAUAUAUAUAUCCACUAUAUAUAUAGACAUAUAAUAUUGUGACAACAUCGACGCAAAAUAAUUGAAGGUAGUUUUCAAGGAAGAAGACACCACUUUGAUACCGAGUGGAAAGCCACAAGACAAUUUUGAAUAAAGAAAGAGGAAAUAAGGUAAAAAAAAGAGAAAGAUAAGGCGCAAAUGAGAGGAAAAGAUAGAGAAAAACAGAGUAACAAAAGAUACAGAAGAAAAAACGAGAUAAGAGGGAGCUGAAGAGAAAGAAAGUAAAAAAGACAUGAGGAUGAGAGAAAGAAAUAAAUUAAGAGGGACUAAGAGAAAGAUAAAGUGUGAACAACGAAUAUGUGCGAAGAAGAUUGACAAAAUGGAAAAUCGUAGUUUUUACAAUCCUUAAAAUAAACUCCAGAUUAUAGCUUCCAAAUUGACUCCGAAAAAAAGAAAGAGAAGCGAAAGAUGAAGUAAGUGCGAGAACAAAACGAGUGAAACGAUUAAAGAGAGUGAGUGAAUGUAAAAGAGCGGGAGAAUGUAAGAUAUCGAACGUAUGUAAAGAGUGAGAGAAUGUUAGAGAGGGAAGAAAUCUAAGAGGGAGAAAAGAGAGAAUAAGUGAAAGAUAGAGAGUGAAUAAGGGAACUGCGAAAAAGUUUGAGAAAGGAAAAUUUAAGUUUUUACAAACCUUGAAAUAUACUCCAGACUAUGGCUUUUAAACCAGUGAUGUCCAACCCUUCAAGGCAUCGGUGAUGGCAAGUCACACGCAUUCUUGUGCUCUUUUUGUCAGUCGUUAUUGAGAUAUCUACGAAUGAACAUGUGGACGGUUACGGGUAUACGCAUAGUUUUUCUGAAUUUAUUUUAGAAACAAUGAUUUUAAAAAACGCAUGGAAAGGAAACAAUCAUUUCCGGUUUCCUGGUUUAUGUUUAUUUUUGCAAAACACCAAUCAUUCAGCCCAAAAAUGAUUUUUUACAUAUUGAGAGAAUUAAAAAUACAUAAGGAGAGUAUUUCACACAUACAGUCUCAUUUUCAUUGUGGACAUCGCUGUUUUAAACUGACUGAGGAAAAAGGAAGGAACAAUGCAGGAUAAAGAAAGUGCUAAAACAAACCAGUGAGACGAUAUAAGACAAUGAGAGAAUGUAAGAGGGUGAGGGAGCGUAAGAGAGUAAGAUAAUAUAAGAGAGUGAAAGAAUGUAAGAGAGUGAGAGAAGUAAUGAAAGUAAAUAGAAAAGAAGAGAGAGUAAGAGAAAGAGUGAGAGAAACAUAAAGAAUGAAUAAGAGAAGUGUGCGAAUAAGAAUGAGAAAAGGGAAAAGAUUUUACUAUUUACAAUCCUCAAAAUAAACCCAAGACAAUGACUUCCAAAUUGAAUGGGAAAAAAAUAGUGCGAGAAAAAGAGAACUUAAAAUAGUGUAGGAAUGUAAGAGAGCGUAAGAGAGUAACCAAAUGUAUGGGAGUGAGAGAAUGUAAGAGAGUGAGCAAAAAUAAGAGUGUGAGAGAAGGAAUGAAAUUAAGAACAAAAGAAAAGAGGGUAAGAAGAAAUAAAAAGAGAGUAAAAGAAAGAGAGAGAGAGAAUGGGAGAAAAAAAAGGGAAAAUCAUAUUAUUAACAAUCCUUAAAAUAAACCCCAGACUAUGGCUUCCAAAUUGGGUAACAAAUUCUUAAUGAGGCCAUUUUAUAGCUUGAAAUUUACUAUGAUUGCCUUGUUAUUGAUACAUUGAGGCCCAGCAGACCUUUGAAGAAAAUUUUAACUUUGGCAUUACUCUUGCCCAACAAAAAAUGUUGAAUUUUUGAUAUUCUUAUGCUCUUUCAAAAUAAUCUUACUGUCUGUCUCACUAAUAAGUGACUCAACUAACUCAAGCAUAUGUUUUUCCAUAAUGAAAUCAGCUGAUUUUUAAAUACAAAAAUCGCUCAUUUUAAGUGACAGAAAUUUAGGAGGAUAGACCGUUAAACUCUCUUCAAAGCCUUCAAAAACGUGGUUUACCAAAAUAAUAUUGAGCUAUCUAUAUCCUUCUCCUUCUCUUAUUUGUAGUGAGUAUUUAAAUUUGUCUUAUGGGUCUCUUUCUCCCCACAGCUUUUAAAAAACAACGAAACAACUUACCUUGAAUAUGUAAGAUUCAAGACGUAUUGGCUUUAAUAAAAAAAACCCAUACUGUUUCUUUUUU